AUGAUAUUGGAAACAUACAGAGAUGGAUCAAAGAAAGUCUUGGGGAAGUCAAAAACAUUAGUACGCCAUGGAGGGGAAGCAAAACAUGGGAAAAGAUCAAAGAGAGGAAAGACGCAAAAUUGAAAUUGGGGGGUACUAUAUCGGGAUGACUAAAAGAGAAAAGAAGCAAGGAGUAAAAUGUGAAGAAAACAAAGUGUUACGGAGGAUAAGAGAGAUUGGCUAGAGAAGAGGGCUGCAGCAGGGGAAAAUGCCAUAGAAUGGUAGAUACAAGGAGCUAUACAGUUUUACUAAGUAGAUAACUGGAGAAAGGCGGAAACAAGCAAUAGGUGUUGAGGAUAAAAGAGGGGUGCUUAGGACUGAAACAAAAGGAAAGACUGCAGAGAUUGGUGGAGUAGUUUAGUGAAAUAUUAAACAGAGACGACCCCACGAAUCCUGUAAAAGGGAAUGAGAUAGUAGAAAUAGAAGACACUAAGGAUAUAGAUCUAGGACGAUAGCAAUUAAAAGAGGUCAAGACUAGUUGUUACAACAGGCUAAAAGAAACUGAGGUGGUGGAAAGUGUGGAAGAAAGAACUUGCUGUUAACGUAUUCAAGAAACGUAGUUUGCACAAAUGCAACAACUGCAGAGGAGUGACUUUACUACCUGUCAGUAGUAAGAUAUUCUGUAGGAUGCGGUUGGAGUGUAUCAAGAAAGAUUUAGACAAGAAACUUCGAAAGGAGCAGACUGGGUUUAGACCCAAGAAAAGUACAACUGAACACAUCUUUAUACCUGACACAUCUUCGAGCAGGCAAAUGAGUGGAGGGAAGGUCUGUAUGCGCACUUUGUUCUAGACUUUGAAAAAGCCUUUGAAUCUGUGCACAGAGAAUAAUAAUAAUAAUAAUAAUUUAAACAUAUUUAUGCAGGAUUGCUGCUUCAGUUUUAAGAAAAAAACUGCUAUCAAUGCAGGUCCUGUAAAAAAUUAAAAAUGAAAAAAUAAAAAUAAAAAGAUUUAAAAUAUAGAUAAAAAUCAAAUCACAAUAUUACAAAAAUAGUCACACCAAACGAAAGAUCGAACAGUUAUAAAUUCUAAGAAUUAUUAAAAAUUAUUAAAAAUUUUCGCACCUCCAAAAUUCCAAAAUAAGGUCAUUAUUAUUUCUAGUUUUGUGGCGGUGAAUGUCACGGUUUCUUACAUUGAAAUAAUUAGAAAGCCUAUGGAAUAUCAUGAGAGGUUAUGGGAUACCAGACAAGAUGAUGAGAGUGAUAGCGGGCAUAUACGUGGGCCUUGGGUGCACAGUUGUCGACAGGAGUGUGACAUCUGACUGAUUUAUGAUCAAGUCUGGAGUAAAACAGGGGUGUAGGAUAUCGCAAUUCCUAUUCUUAUUGUGUUUGGAUUGGGUCAUAAUGAAGGCAACAGCAGACAAGAGAAGAGGGAUAAGGUGGAAUUUCACAAUAGUGCGGCAGGACCUUGAUUUCACAGAUGACAUUGCAUUACUGUCAUCUAUGCUCAAUUACUUGCAUGAAAAGACUGGGACAUUGGCAGAGAAAACAGCCAGAGUAGGACUCAAACUUAAUGCGAAAAAGUGCAAGACACUAAUGACCAAGUGUGCUAGUAGCCGCGAGAAUAUUGUGGUGGAUGGCAAAGAAGUGAUGACGUUGAGGAGUUUACAUACCUAG